UUUAGUUCACAUUCACUCCUCCGUUUGAUCGACAAGCAACUGAUAACUGAUAAAUUGGAAAAGCAAGUAAAAAAAAAAAAAAAAGACCAUAAUGGCAAGGACUGCGAACCAUAUCCAUGAACGAGUCCAGACGUGCAGGAACGGCCUCGGCCGUUAUGAGCCGUACGUGCGCAAACACCUGUCUAAGGUGUACAUGGUCCUGGGCAGCACUGCCGCCGCCACUGCGAUGGGAGCCUUGCUCCAGAUGCGUGACUUCCUCGAUCUGGGGGCUCUGGCGGUAGUGGCCGCUUUGAUCCUGGUCCUGGGUCUUAUCUUCUACAAGGACAACGGAAAGAACUACUACACACGAUUGAGUAUGCUGUAUGCCCUUGGAUUUUGCUCCGGACAGACUCUUGGACCGAUUGACAAUAUAUGCAGCAUUAAUCCGGCCAUAAUUCUUUCGGCUCUCACCGGCACCUUUGCCAUCUUCAUUUCGCUAUCUUUGGUUGCUCUGCUAUCCAAGCAGGGGAAAUAUCUUUAUCUCGGCGGAAUGUUGGCCAGCGUCAUUGCUACCAUGGCCCUACUGAGUCUCUUAAAUAUGGUAUUUAAGUCCUACUUCGUGGAAGUGACUGAACUUUACGUCAGCCUUUUUGUGUUUGCUGCUUUCAUCGUCUACGACACCCAAAACAUAGUAGUGAAGUGCCGGAAUGGAAACCGAGAUGUAGUGCAGCAUGCAAUGGACCUGUUCUUAGAUGUGCUGAACAUCUUCCGCCGUUUACUAAUUAUCCUGAAGCAGAGGGAGGAGCGAAAACAGAAUGAACGCCGUAUGCCAACCACCACAACAAAAAGAUCUGACAAAAUUUAAAAAGGUUGGCAGUAAUAUCUUUUUAAAAUUUAAUCGCCUACGAAAUAGAAAAUUGCCGUGUACAUUUGGCUUUAAAUUUAUACACAAAUAUUUAAUAUGAAACCCAUAUAUUUAUAUAUAAUUAAUAUAAAUUGCUCGUUAUAAAAGCAUAUUAAAUUUUUU